AUGAGGCAAGCCACUUUGCCGUGGGCUGCUCGUCCCGCUGCUUCCCUCGCCUCCACCAGCGAGCACCACCAGAAAGAAGCCUUCGAUCCGUACUACCAGCAUCCACCCCCGCCUCCGCCUACUCACGGCUACUCGCACGAUGCCGCCUCUGCUCCAGCUCUCGAUCCAGCACUGUUGGAUGUAGAUACACCAACUCCCUCACAAGCAGCACCGCAACAGCUGGGCCCUGCUCUAUUUAGCAGCUCACAAGAUGAACAACCGCCGCAACAGCAUGUGAUCGACACAGCACUACAUCCAUUCUUUCAACCCGGAGGUAGCUCCUCAGCCCUUCUCCCCAACGACGACGCUUCCGAUGAUGGGCAGCACAAACGCCCCUCACGCUCCAGCCGCGCCAAAGCUCCAAUCUCCUACAGAGAAGACCUGAAAGCAGUGCUUCGUGCAGAUGCAGCACAAGAAUCCGCCCGACUUCAAGUGGCAAAGCGAGAAGCAAAAGCUGCUAAAAAGUCCCAGCGCUCAGCAAAGCGUAAGGCUGCGGAGAUCAAUGGUAGGCAGGAAGUGCAAGAAAGUGGUGAGCGGGUUGGCUUUGAGGUUGUUGAAUCGCGCUCGGCAAAGAAAGCCAAAGAGGCAGGUUUGGAGGCGAUAGUGAUCGGGGAAGCAUCAUCCUCGAAUGCUCAAGCAGCAGUGAAGAAGGCAGUGGAGCAAAAGCCGCUUAGUUUGGCAGUCAAAGGGACGGCGGGUGGGACAAGUGCUAGUGCUCAUCCCUUUUUUACUAACAAGGUCAAGGCUGCACCUGCAGCGGAGCAGCUUAGAUCUUCCGCUUUCGACGGCACCCCGGCAUCCUCGUCCCUCUUCUCCGCGCCGAGAAUCUCAUCCAGUAAAGCCAAGAAAGCUAUGCAUGCACCCUGGCCCACUUUAGAAGAUACUCAUGUGACCGGCUUUGACACUUUCGAAUCUGAUCUCCUCUCUCGUGCACAUUCUUCCAUGGAAAGCUUUCGAUCUCGCUGGAAUACUCAACGCUCCUCCUCCUCAAAACCAGCAUCGACUAUCGAGACUGCACCUCCACAAAACUUGAUCGUAAAUCUUAACCAUUCUCGACCGCAACCCCGCCAAUCGUCCAUCUCUCUCACAAGCAUCCAAGGCGCCAAGUUUGAUACGAUGGACGACUACCUAGCCUCCUGCGUAAACCUUUCCUCGCUUCCCCCCGCCCUUAGCUCCGCUACCAACCUCCCCUCAACCCACACGGAAACGCAAAUGUGGACAGAUGCAUUUCGCCCGCACACCUCAACCUCAGUCCUGGGCAACGAAUGCAACGCUAGCUACCUUCUCGACUGGCUACGUCGUCUGCUCGUUGCCGCACCCAACUCGGUUCAAACGAAGGAUAGGAAAAGGGCUAAAAGGAAAGGUGUACAGAGGAGAGUCGAUAAAACCAAACGCAAGCGUAGCAAGGGAUAUAGCGAUGACGAGUCCGAUCUCGGCGACUUUAUCGUCGACGACCAUGACGACGACGAUGAGGAGGAUGCGAUAAGUGAAUGGGAUCCAGAUGUGUUUGGCAAGUUCGGCGUAAUACAACGCAGUUCCAACCUGACGGAUGAUGAGGGAGAUGCGGUUUCUCUUGCACCGACCUCACAAAGCUCCAUGGCUCGAGCAGCGACAAAGGAGGAGCCUUGGCUAGAGAAUCGCUACGCAUCUCUGGAGAAGCUAAGUAACUGUAUAAUCCUCACUGGCGCGCCUGGGACGACAAAAACAGCAUCGAUCUACGCCUGCGCCUCUCAACUUGGAUAUGAAGUAUUCGAACUUUACCCCGGAAUGGGAAAACGCAGUGGGAAAGAGUUGUUGGCCGCUGUGGGAGAUUUGGGUCGGAAUCAUAUGGUUAGUUCUGGUGGUGUUGGGGGUGGAGCUUCCUUCCGACCCAACGCCAAUGCCAACGCCAACGGCACUCCCACCUCUACCACCGCCAACGCCACUGCAGUUGGGGAAAGAGGGGUAAGACAAUCACUAAUACUCAUAGAAGAAGCAGAUAUACUCUUGGAAGAAGAUAAAGGAUUCUGGCCAGCCAUCGUCGAGCUUGUAGCAGAAAGCAAAAGACCUGUAGUAAUAACGUGUAACGAUAUAGAGCUGGUCCCUGUGCACGAGCUUCCCGUUCAGGAAGUGUUGGAGUUUCGGUUGCCGACUUUGGGGGAAAUAGUGUCGUGGUUACAGCUGAUAGCGGCGAGAAUGGGGAGGUAUCUCUCCUCUGACUCGGUGCGGGAGAUGCUUAGAGCAUUGCCUGGUACAGAGACCGCUUUGGCUGGGGAGAUGGGAGAUGGGGAAGGGUUGGCAGUAGAUAUUAGACAGGCGAUAAACCAGGUUCAGUUUGGCCAUUUCUCCUCUCCCCUCGACGAAGAUGUGGAUGUGGUACACUUGUUCGCAACAGCGAAAACACCAAGAGGAGCGAAUCUCAAAGCUCUCGCUAGCGCAACAGAAUCAGCCAGUAUCGCAGACAUCUUGGAAACGCACCUGCACGGCAGCCACAUGGAGGCUUACGGAGAUGCAGGACUCGAACACUCCUCCUCCUCCUCCCGGCAGUGGGGUUCAUACACGCCACUCAUCCCACAACCUCAUGCUUCAGAGCACUCAACACAGCAGUCACUUUACGCUGUUCAUCGGGAAUACGGUUCAACUUUGGCCCAAAUGCAUACUUCUCUAGCUUCCCUAGCCCCUCCUUGCCACCUCGCUCAGAGUGGAAGGGCCAAGAUGGAAAGGAUGGACAGAGCGAAACAAGACCAAAGGUCAAGGUUGCGAGAGAUGCUAAAAGCGAUAUUCAAACAUCUACCCUGCUCAUCCAUGCUCUCCUCUGCACAUAUCGUCGAGUACGCGCCAAUGGUCCGACUCAUGGCUUUAGUAGAUGACGAUCUAGGCCAGAUGCACGCUUCGCUCCACAACCAAGCUGCACCAGACGCAAGCCACGCAACGAAGACGGUGUCGGGGAGAACAACACGCAACUCAUCGCGGCUGACAUGA